UUCCAGUUUUAAUGUGUGCCAUGGGUGGUUACUGCUUGUUAAGGCGCUCGUCUUUCACCACUGUGACCCUGGUUCGAUUCCCGACUACGGCAUGGAUAAAGCCACACAGAGACCAUUUUACACCAAAAUCAACCCGAAUUACAAUGAUUUGUAAACACUUACUUCUGAUAUUCGCUGUGCUUUACUUGCAACCAGCAAAAGGUGACACGGGAGAUGAAGAAACUGUGCGCAUGACUGUUGUUGUUUCACAACCUCUUGGAGGCGACAGAUUUACCUGCUUUCUCGGCAUACCUGAUACUGACGCAAGUCUCCAAUAUGGACGAUACGUUAAAACAAGGGAUAAUAACUACAACAUAAAUUACUACAACCGUGAACCAUCUGGGACCAACACUAUAAGCAAUUUUCCCGGGUCUCGUCGAAUACGCCUAAAUACCAGCUACCAGAAUACCUUUGGUAUAUUCUACUGUCGAGCAAUUAAACAAGGAAGAUUAUUGACUACGGUCACAGCAACUGUUCUCCGUCAAAAUGCGGAAAUUGUUCCGACUGACGGACUGUGGACGAAGACGGUCAACAAGGGCGACCAAGGAGUUGUCCUAAGCAUGACUGGUAUCGUAUCAUCUUCGAAUUAUUUUGCUUGGAGAUUUAACAACUCGGGUAUCCUGAGAACAUCUACUACAGGUACUUAUAGUAUUGAACGCGCAAUAACGAAGGGAGAUGCUGGCGUGUAUGAAUGUCAUUACAACACAGAAAGACAUAACGCCAGACAGGGUCUUAUUAGAUUGAUCGUCAGGGGUUGCCCGUCUGGACGAUGGGGUCCACCGAGUUGCAACAGGGUGUGUGAUAAAUGCUACAACGGUGGAAUAUGCAACGAUCAGAACGGAAGAUGUGUGUGUCCUGCAGGUUUCUUCGGUGAGAACUGUCUUGGAGCAUGUGGAGAAAAUAAAGCUGGGUACAAUUGUGAGAUCACGUGUUCAAGCUCUGCCCAGUCAUGUAUAGGGCAAGUAUUCUGUCUACCUGAUCCAAUGGGAUGUACAUGCGGUACAGGGUUCAGAGACUAUGACUGUUCUCCAGGAUGUCCAUUGGGACGGUAUGGAGCAAAUUGCCUGCAAGAGUGUCACUGUCUUCAAAUGUCGUCCUGUGACCGUUUUACUGGGCAGUGUACUGGAGGGAAUAAUGGUUGUUUUGUAUCGUGGUCCGGAAACAACUGUCAAAUCCCAGAUGUUUGUGAGAAUGAUUAUUUCGGAGAAACCUGCACAGAAAAGUGCCAGUGUGUGGACGACCAACCCUGCGAUCGUGUGACGGGUCAAUGCGUUAACAACCAAUGCAAACCUGGAUUCAGCUUAAACACUGGAAGUCUCAAUUGCCAAGAAUGCAGCGGAGGCUCUUAUGGGUUGGAUUGUGCCGAGACGUGUCAUUGUUAUAUCUACGCUUGUGAUAAGGUGACAGGGUCUUGCGCUGGAGGAUGCUUUGGAAACUGGGCUACACCAGACUGCGUCACAGGUGUUAAGAGUGUCACCAACACAAAAGCCAACAGUGGGCAGUCGUCUACAUUCACGUGUGUCGUGACUGGCCCAACCCCACCGCCCCAGCAGAGAGUGCGUCUCUACCGCCCUCAUGACAGCCAAAGUUUUGCACUUGUGUCGAGUGACGUAAUAGGUCAAGAUCGAUUUGUUACGUUCAAUGUUCAAGAAGUCUACUCGAAUGAUGAAUAUCGAUGCUACAUCGAUCAGCCGUAUGCAUCUCUUUCAUAUCCAGCAGACAUGUUUGAGUUACCCGAGUUAACCACAGCACCACGUGCAACAGAUAUCCAAGCUUUUGAAGUAACGAUAACAUGGGACGCGUGGACCUCCCCGCCACUCAGUGGCGACCCACCCAUAACCCACUACACCAUCUACUAUCGUGAAUAUGGGUCUCAAUGGGAGGCACUCCCUAAUGAUAUCCCAACUACAAGAAUGACCGAAACAGUCAGGAAUCUGAUGCCCGAGAUGCGAUAUGAACUCAGCGUGACUGUGUCUAGGGAGGGACCGGGGGGCGAAGGGCUAAGAAGCCCAUCCGUGUCGGUUACAACACCGUGCUCAGUGCCGUUGGAAUCUCCUGAGAUUGUAUCAACACUCGGCAAGGAUACCACACUGAGACAGAUAACUGUUCAAUGGGAGGAAUUGGAAGCAGUAUUUCACGGCUGCAGCUUAGGUCUCACGGAGUACCAUAUCCGCUACAGAACCGUCAGUAAAUCAAGCUAUGGGGAAUACACAGAAGUCGCCAUCACCCCAGCCAUAUCGUCCUUCAACAUAUCCAACCUAGAACCCUACACUCAAUAUGGUAUCUCAAUUGGUGCUUCCAAUCAAAUAGGACCAGGUCCGUGGAGCAAAGACGUCUUGGCGUACACCCCAGAAGAGGCACCUCUCCUUCCUCCGAAGGUUACUCUCAUCAGUAGCACGGAAGACUCGCUGACACUUCGUAUUGAGGCGACUAAACCGUAUAAUCUGAACGGGAAUGUUAGUCAGUAUUUAAUUCAGUAUCAACAAGCUUCAGAUGCUGGUGAGGGUAACAUCAUCACUGAGAACAACACGGAGUACAAUGUGACGUUCACAAUACAAGGGCUCGCAGGAUUAACUGACUUCAAUAUUAAGGUUAAAAUAGUAAAUGGAGCCGGGGACAGUGAAUGGAGCGAAUCUGUUUCUGCAAAAACAGUUAACAAAGGUAACCGUGCAGGGAACGGUGGGGGUGUCACCGGCAGUAUUCUGGGCGUACUAGUUGUUCUUCUCUUAGUUGUUGUCGUCGUUGUCUUCAUUUUAUGGAGAAGAAAACAAAAAUCAAAAUCCAAGGGAAGACAACUGGAAAAGGACCAGCCAGCAUUGACUCUCACUGAGAUAAACGACGCACCCAUUUACGAAAACACAGAUAAAGUUCCUGAGACUUCGUCAUCCGCAAAGACCGACGAAGAGAAAAUCCAAGUGCAGCUUGAAAUUGCUAAAACUCCUGUUGUUGAAAAAGAUUUCAUCCCCCCUAAACCAAAACAUAAACCCAUCCCACCUCGAUCUAGUGACAAACAGUUAUUACUUCAGCAGUCUGGUACCUUUCAGCAAGAACCAGACAAAGUGGUUGAUGAAGUACAACCCACUGGAGGCGAAGAUGGCGCAUCUUGUCCAGUUUCUUCAGAACAGUCUGUAUAUGGGAACCUUAAUAUUGGACCACAACUGAGCAUCCCGAUCCCUGUUGCUAAACUUGAAGGCUACGUUAAGCAGAAGAAAGCAAGCUCAACGGACAGUCUGAAAUAUGAAUACUCGAUACUCCCUGUUGACCAGAAGAAGCCCUGGACAGUAGCAGAACAUCCAGAUCUUAAGACAAAAAAUCGCUUCAAAAACAUCAUUCCAUAUGAUCAUUCCAGAGUACCGCUGGUUCCAAUCGACGGGGUACCACUUUCAGAUUACUACAAUGCAAGCUAUAUAAAGGACUACAACCACAAAACGUCCUUCAUUGCAGCUAUGGGCCCAAAUGCAUCAGCGUUGAAUGACUUUUGGCGAAUGAUCUGGCAGGAGCAAAUAACCCUCAUCGUCAUGGUAACAAAACUUGUUGAGAAUGGAAAGGACAAAUGCAAGAAGUAUUGGCCAAGUGGCAAGGAUCAAUCGGAACAAUUUGGAGAUGUGGUUGUCAGCUUGGAGGAGCAGAAAUCUCUGUCUGAUUAUACCAUUCAUACGCUCAAAGUUCACAAGGUCGAAUGUGAAUCGGAGUGUCGUAUGAUUAAGCACUUCACUAUGACGUCCUGGCCCGAUAUGGGAGUGCCCUUGUACCCCAGUACCAUUCUCAAUCUCAUCCAAGUAGUGAAGGACACAAAGAAGAGUCAGGUCAACCAUGGGGCAGAAACACCUGUACUGAUCCAUUGCAGCGCUGGUGUUGGACGUACAGGAACAUUUAUCGCCAUCUACACGUUAUUAGAUAUGAUGACUCAAAGACAACAAAUAAGCGUUUUCGGUUGUGUAAAUGAGAUGAGGGAAAGUCGAGUCAACAUGGUGCAAACUUAUGAUCAGUACGUCUUCAUUUAUUCUGCUCUGUUGGAGGCUUAUCUCUGUGGGGAUACACAAAUCCUUAUUCGAGAUUACCCUGAGACAUUAUCCAAGCUUAAGAGACUGAAUCCCAAGACAAGACGGACGCAUCUUGAAGAUGAGUUUCGGAUCCUGAAUCAAGUCACACCCAAGCCGGAUGAUGCAUUUACAGGAGGUCUCCUUCCAGAGAACACCAACAAGAACAGAUUCCCCGAUAUUCUCCCACUUGAGCGACAUCGCCCGUUUCUGGUUACUGAAGGAGACACUGAUGACAGCAAUAACUACAUCAAUGCAGCCUUUGUGGAUAGCUUCAAUCGUAAAGAUGCCUUCAUCACAACCCAGAUUCCAUUACCUCAUACAGUUGCCGAUAUCUGGCGUCUGGCAUUCGACUGGAAUUGCCCUGCGAUCGUGACGUUGGACGACCCAAGCUCAGUGUAUAAUAAAUGGGAUGAGAUGUGGCCACAGAGUGGUGUAACUCGGUUUGGACCUCUCUUUGUUGAACUCAUCUCAACAAAUGGAGGAAGAGUGUACAAGUGUCAGACUUACAGGGUAUCAAGGAGGGAUCAAAAGGAGAAGUCGAUCAUUGUAAAACAUUUCCAACUACUUGGAUGGGCCAGCAACCAAGACAAGCCAAGCUCCCCACAAUGUAUUCUAGAUCUUUUAGGCGCUGUACAACGAUGGAAAGAUGAAUGUCACUCAUCCAGGCCUGCUAUCGUACAGUGCUUAAAUGGAGUAGGUAGAAGCGGAGUGUUCUGUGCUGUUUCAACUGUAGCAGAGAAAAUAACAAGUGAUGAUGCAGUGGAUAUUUUCCAAGCAGUGAAAAGGCUUCGGAUGAACCGACCUCUGAUGGUCGAGACAUUAGAGCAAUACAUUCUGUGCUAUGAGGUGAUUCAAGAACAUCUACAGCGAUUCCAACAGUAUGGAAAUCUCAACUACUAAAAUCAAGUUUGAUUGAGUGUGCACCAUUUUGACUUGAACCCAGGUUGGUCGACCAUUGGUUGACAACUUUGGUCGACCAUUUGGAACCAAGCCUCAUGACCAUGGUUUCUUCCAUGGUCCUGAUGGCCUGUUCUGUCUUGAACCCAGGUUGGUCGACCAUUGGUUGACCAUUGGUUGACAACUUUAGUCAACCAUUUGGAACCAAGCCUCAUGACCAUGGUUUCUUCCGUGGUCCCGAUAGCCUGUUCCAUGCUAACAUUUUUACGGCGCAAAGGGGAACCAGUGACGCUAAAGUGAAAACACGGAAGGCAAUGGAGUGUCGAAUACGGCGUGCCGAUGGUUGACUAGGCUUCCAAACGAGUCGUUCAAGUGAGUAGGUCACUGCGCAUGUACGUCGCUGCUCGUUAAUAAUUGCGCAUUCAAACUUGCUCUAAAAAUUACUACUCUCUGCUGAAACUCACAAAUACUUUAUCAAAGUAACUUUUAGGACCAAUUAAUUUAGGUUUUCUCUGUUUUUUUAAAGGGGGCAGCCUGUAAGCUGAAAUGAAAUAAAGCUACAUCUUUAAUUGUUUCCUGUAUCAGAAAAAACAAAAAAAGAAGUUGCCUUUUUGAUUCAGCCUUCAAUUUACCAUUAUCUUGUUCAUAAUAAUAUUGACUGCAAAUAUUGACUG